AUGUCCGAAGGGCAAACCCAUGUCGAAACUGCAGCGGAACCCGGAGUCCGAGCUCGGCUGCUCCUAACUAGCCUCCGAUCUAACCAAGAUUGCCACCGCAGUUUGAUGAAAGUGAAGGAGGCGGGAGGAUUGAACCCUGCGGAAAUGGAAAAAAUCGACGAAGAUACAUCGAGGAUGGCGUCAGGACAAAGGAGCCUCUUCUCUCUCUUGAAGAGGUUGAUGACCCAAGAACUGGCUAACAACGGGGGAGGAAGUUUGCAGGUUGAACUUGUCGGAAAUGUCCUGUCUGAAAAAGACUGGGAGAUCUUGGAGGCUAUCGUCGAUGCCCUAAACCCACAGCAGCAGCAGCUGCUUGACCAGCAAGGAGCGACCUCCGCCGCAUCCGCCUCCGUCGCCUCCGCGGCCGCCACAUCCGCCGACGAAAGUCCGGGACCGCUAAGACGGUGGAUUUUGGAAAGGGGAAUGGUGAUUCUGACGAUAUUCACAAGGAUUUUGGACCUUUGGCUUGAAGAUUUUGUUUUUUCAGCAAUGUCCAGGCUUAAUCCCGUCCAAUGGCUUGUUCGCAGAAGAUGGGGAUGGUGAAACGGAAGGAAUUUGAGGGAAAAUAGCUUCAAAGAAGGAAACGAAGCAGAGACAGUUGAUGGUGAUGGGAAUGCAGUACGUAGAAGAAUUGGUUCAGGUGUUGUCUGUUUGCAUGGAAUGCAUGUUUCAGAAUAAUUG